GAAACUUGUCUUGAAAUCGAAUUGUCUUGUUUUUGACGAGGAAGUUGUGUCAUAAUUUGCGUUUCAAGUUGAUGUUCAAUAAAUAAGGUAUUUAAGUAUUUAAAACAAUAGGAUUGUUUAAGUGUUCUAGACCUAUGUACAUUAAAGAAUAUCAUAUAUGUGCAAAUUUGCUUAAACAGCUUAGACUACAUAUUAGGAAAAACAAGGUUUUGUUUAAGUUCUGUUAAACAAUUAUGGAAUCUCCACAACAGAUAGAUUCUGAUUCUAUAGAAUAUUGGAAGAAACAAGCGAAAUAUUAUGAACAAAAAGUCAUUGACAUUCAACAAGAAUUGGAUGAGUACACGGAGAACUCUGCCCAGCUUGAAAAAGAGUUGGAAGCUUCAUUAGUCCAAGUAGAAAAACAGAAUAGAGAUCUGGAACACCAAAACCAAAGGCUUAAAAAUGAAAUAGAAAUGCUUAGGAAUAAGUUAGAAAGAAGUCAACAUGAGACAAAUGCUUUAGAAAAUGAAUUACAAACACUUAAAAAGGAAAAAGAGAAACAGGCAAUAUAUGUUAGGGAAUUAGAACAAAAAAACGAUGAUCUAGAAAGAGGUCAAAGAGUUAUAACAGAAUCAGUGGCCAGUAUUGAAGCGCUAUUAAAUCAAGCAUAUGAGCGAAAUGCAGUGCUGGAAAAUGAGGUGGAUGAAGUUGAAAAUCUCAGGAUAAAAUUACAACGAGCUAAUGAUGAAGCAAGAGAUCUCAAGCAUGAAUUGAAGGUAAUAGAAAAGAUUCCAACAGUAAAGAAAGAAGAUGGUGGUACAAAUGAAAAUGUCUGCAAUGGCCAUUCAAAUACCUCUCGAACUCAAGUUGAAAUUGAAACACAGACAUCAGUAGCAUCUCCACAUCGUCGAGAAAUAAACGGAAAUGCGAUGACUCCGUCUUCCCGAGUGUCUGCUAUAAAUAUAGUGGGAGAUCUACUGCGGAAAGUGGGGGCUUUGGAAUCAAAGUUAGCAUCGUGUCGCGGUUCAGUUAGACCUAAAGAACAUUCGCCAAACUCUGCUACGGAUGUGAAUAAGGACUACAGGUGUGUACUCAAGAACUAAGACUUGCCGAAUACAAUAACACGUCAACUUUGCGACAAAUAAACAGCGUCAGCUUUUUAUAGUAUGAUACUAUAUAGAUCGAAUAUUACAAAAAUAGCUUUUGUUUACUCUAUCUAAUAUUAUACUGUGAUCGGAAUCACAUUUCCUAAUAUACUUAUAUCUGUGAUGAUAAAAAUAAAUAAGUUAAAUUUACGUAAAAACAGAUUUCGGCCUACCCACCGUUGACACGCAACACCACACGGGUAUAGCUUUGCUUCAUGCAUCGUGUUAUAUCUGUACACAAAACAUAUAAUUUACAAACGAGUUUCAAUCAAGGCAAGUCAGGAAUUACUAACCCAACAAUAAAAACGCAUAAUGGAUUCCACCAGAAACAAUUUUCGAUAUUUAUCAUAAUAAUUACAUUUAUAAUAUUAUUUGUAUAUGAUAUACUAUAUUUUCUAUUGGGAGUUUUAUGUAAAUAAUAUAGCACUUUAUGAAAUUGUUAGCACUGGAAAAUUUUAUAAUCCAUAUGAGUUGCAGUAUGUAAAACUUAUGGCUAUUUUAUUUUCAUACAAUUUAAUAACAUUUAGGUUGUUAGAAGUGUGGUUAUAGAACUAUAUUACCGUGCUACUAGGCGACGUUAACGAAAUCCCUUGAUAAAAAUAAAUCCACCUAAAUGUAUUUGCUCAGUAAUACUGAACGGGGUGUAUUAUAAAAAUAAGGCGUGCUUCUGGAAUUACAUAUUCAACAUUUUUGUGUGACUAACAUAAGUGUGUUUUAUCGUCUGGGAAAGUUUUGUUUUUAGCUUCAAAAUUCAUUGACUACUUCAUUAACAUUCUAUCAAUGUAUUAUUUACAUUCCUUUUGUAUAAAAGAUGUUUAAAUUGAACGUUUUUAAUCCUGCAUGCAAUAAUAUAUAAUAUAGUAAAAUUAUAAUUAGCGACUAUUUGUACCUUUAAAUUUAAAUCUUGCCUUAAUUUCUAACAGUGUUGCAUAAAAUAUAGAAAUG